UCUUAGGAUAUCAUGUCUAUUAGAUUUAAUAUUUAAGGAUAUCAUAAGAUACGAAUUUCUUACAUAAUCGGAUAUAAUAUCAUAAGAUAUACAUGUCCUAAACUAUCGCACCAAUCAAAUAUAACCUAAAAUAAAUUUAACGCUCCAAGUACACCAAACCAGAUGAACAAAACCCAGAUCAUAAAAAACAUGUUUGCACGAUGUAAUUAGAUAUACUUAUUGAUAUAAAAAAAAAUUAGAUAUAAGGGAGUAUGAGAGAAUGGAGAGAACUAUUGAGGUUGAAAGGGGUGAGGGGGCAUGCAUUAUCCGAAUAAAAUGGUGAGUGGGGAAACAACCUUAUCUACUUAGAUCACCUCCUCCCCAAAAGUCCUCAAACCAAUCUCAAGGAAAAUCACUCCAAAGAAGAGCCAUUGGCCAAAAGGCAACCAUGCUGGGAGGGGGUUUCAGAGAAAAUGAAUAUUGAAUAUGAAAGUGUGCUGCUCUGACUCUAGAAAGCGAGGAGAAGUUGGAAUUAUCCAUUCAAAGGGGCACGUGGCUGCCAACGGUUUGCCCACUUGGGCUCAUAGGGUGGACCCCAGGUGGCACUUAUCCAUAGAGCUUCGUGGAAAAAGAUGAUGAUAUUGUAUCAUAUGCAGAGAAUGGGGAAUGAGUGAGAGAGAAGAUUUGAGGAGAUAGAUGGAUUGAGAGGUAAUCUCAAAAUUCCAAAUCUUUGACGCAAAAAAGGAAAGAAAUCUGAAUAAAAUAUGGCAGUAUAAUAAAAAGAGGGACGCUUUUUCAGAGAUGGCACAUGGGCGGCAAGACAAGCCCUCUAUAUGCCCUAUAAAUUCAUGGGUUUUGUGAGUCUCUGAUCUUCACGUGCCCUUAUCUGCUCUGUUUCUUUUUUCUUUUUCAUUUUCCCCUCAUCUCUUUCUGUUUUCAUCUGCAAAUCUUAUCCGUUUCUAUCAAUUGGGCGUCUUUGUAUUUUAUUAACGGUGGUGGUGGUGGUGGUGGUUUGAGGUUUUUGGGGACUUGUUUUUUGAGGUAGUUUUGUUUGUUGGAUUGACAAAGAAAGGCCAUGGAAGGCAGGAGACAAGUGGGUUCAUCUUCUUCAUUCACUUCUGAACUUUUUGGGACCAAGGAGUCACCUCCAUCCAAUUCUUCUGGGAUUUUUGCAUCAAUUUUUCCGCCCCCAUCCACGGCAGUAGGGAGGAACCCCGCAAACUCUGAGAUGAGAGGAUUGUCGGGAAAUCAGACAUGGGACACCAAACAAGGAACUCCAGACAUGGGAAAGAGUGGGGUAGGUGCCAGCAGUAUCAUACCCAACAAAGACAAGAAUCAAAUUUUCCAAGAAGAAAGGGUAGAACCAUGUCAUCUAAGUUCAUCUCUCUACUACGGUGGGCAAGACAUCUAUUCAAAUUCAUCAAGCACCCAAACUUCUGGAUCAUAUCCUGUUUUCAAGAAAGACGAAGAUGAUCCAAAUGGAAACAAUUCACAAGGUGCAUCUAGAGGAAACUGGUGGCAAGGGUCGCUUUAUUAUUAGGACUUGCCCCUUCUAAGGCAUCUGAAUUCUACAUCUAUUUGCCAAGGAAUUCAUGAAGCCUUCAUGACAAUUUCAUCUUCCUUCUGUAAAAUGUAGCUGAAGGGGAGAGUGCUCAUAAGAGCUUUAUUAUGCCUUACCUCAGUUAAAUAGUGCAAACUCCUAUGUAAUAUGACUGUUUUUUCAAGAAAAGACGGAGAGACCGUGUAACACUUGUUACCGCUUUCUAUAAACUAAAUUUCUAUACCUAGUUGAACAGUCUCUGUAUGUCGUUUAAACCUGUAUUGGAUAACAAAAGAUAGAUGUUAUGGCCGUUAUCUUUUACAUGCAACAAAAAUAAAUGUUGAAGCUUCAGUGAUUUUUUAUGCAGUA